AUGAAUGAUGUUGCCAGGAAGGUAUUAUCGUGUCAGGAACCAAAUAACAAAAUUGGGAGGUCGCCUGAUACGGCUGAUCCAAACUCAAAUAUUCCAUUUCAAGUAACUCCUAAGAGUGUGGCUAAUAAGAACAGUGAGAAGAAGCAAUCGAGCCAAAGCAUACUCCGCUCUUACUUCAAGUUGACAAAACCAAAUUUGACAUUUCUAGUGACAUUGAGUUCGAUAUGUUCUUAUGCGAUCUCUCCAAAUUCCGUCUCUGUUGGCGAGUUAGCAUUUCUUACCAUUGGUACAGCGCUUUGUUCAGGUUCGGCAAAUGCUAUAAAUAUGGGAAGAGAACCAGAAUUUGAUAAGAGAAUGACCAGGACAUCCUUGAGACCUGUUGUGACGGGCUUGAUCACUCCAAAACAGGCUUUUCAGUUUGCUUCUGUAACUGGCUCAUUGGGAUGUUUGAUUCUUUAUUUUGGUGUGAACCCCAUAGUCAGUCUUCUUGGAUUUAUCAACAUCGGACUUUAUGCAUGGGUAUACACUUCACUCAAGCGAAGAUCUAUUUUGAAUACUUGGGUGGGAGCACUUGUUGGAGCUAUACCACCGUUAAUGGGCUGGGCAGCUUCAUCUUCCCUUGCGCAUCCUGGAAGCUGGUGUUUGGCAGCAUUACUAUAUGCUUGGCAGUUUCCACAUUUUAACGCUCUCUCCCACAACAUUGCUGACCAAUAUAAGCAAGCUGGUUACGUGAUGACUGCUGCGGAGAACCCAAAGCUUAAUGCGAGAGUGGCCUUACGUUACUCUCUUCUUAUGUUCCCAAUCUGCUUUGGUUUAAGCUAUUUUGAAGUCACUGAUUGGUUCUUUCAAAUUGACUCGGGGAUUGCUAAUACUUGGAUGGCCAUAUUGGCGUAUAGAUUUUGGAUGCAACAAAAACAUAACCACGCCUCAGGUCACACAGCAACACCAGAUGCGAAACAGAUGGCUAAUUUCCAUGCCCGGAAGCUCUUCUGGUGCUCUGUGUGGCAGCUUCCUGUUGUAUUGGUAUUAGCAAUGCUUCACAAGAAAGGGCAAUGGGAUCGACUUUGGCACUAUAUGGGCUUGAACAGCGAAUAUUCAGACCCGAAACAAACAAAACUAGCCAUAUAA